CUGCCGUUCGUUGUUCGUCGCCUUCGGCUGUGUCCCGAGACUGGGACGUGGCCUCAGGAUCUCUUGGGGCCGCUGGGCCGGUGUCGGUCUCUCGCAGCGAUGCAGGGAGGCUGCUAGGUCCGCCAGCAGCUGCGGAGCGGCGGGGGUGGCCCAUGGACCUGCCGGAGCGCCGCGCGGGUGGCGCCGCUGCGCCAAAAAUGUACCUCUGGGACCGGCCCGAGGAGGGGAGCCUGGGGACGCUGCUCAGCUUAGAGGAGCAAGUACUCAACUCCACGUUUGAAGCCUGUGACCCCCAGAGGACAGGCACUGUGGCUGUGACCCACGUACUAGCCUACCUGGAGGCUGUGACAGGACGGGGCUCCCAGGAUGCACGCCUCCAAACACUGGCCUGCAGCCUGGACCCCAACGGGGAGGGCCCUCAGGCCACCGUGGAUUUGGACACCUUCCUGGUCGUCAUGCGGGACUGGAUCGCUGCCUGUCAGCUGGAUGAGGGAUUAGAGCUGGAAGAGGAGACGGCCUUGGAGGGGGCCCUGACCUCCCGGCAGCUGCCAUCUGGAUGCCCAGAAGCUGAGGAGCCAGCCAACCUGGAGAGCUUCGGUGGCGAAGACCCCAGACCUGAGCUGCCCGCCACGGCUGACCUGCUGAGCAGCCUGGAGGACCUGGAGCUCAGCAACCGCCGGCUGGCGGGGGAGAACGCCAAACUGCAGCGCAGCGUGGAGACGGCUGAGGAGGGGUCCGCGCGCCUCGGGGAGGAGAUCGUGGCCCUGCGCAAGCAGCUUCGCAGUACCCAGCAGGCUCUGCAGUUUGCCAAGGCCGUGGAUGAGGAGCUGGAAGACCUGAAGACUCUGGCCAAGAGCCUGGAGGAACAGAAUCGCAGCCUCCUGGCCCAGGCCCGGCAGACGGAAAAGGAGCAGCAGCACCUGAUGGCCGAGGUGGAGACUCUGCAGGAGGAGAACGGGAAGCUACUGGCCCAGCGGGAUGAGGUGAAAAGGAGGAGCGAGGAGCUGGCCACAGAGAAGGAUGCAUUGAAGCGACAGCUCUAUGAAUGUGAACGCCUCAUCUGCCAAAGAGACGCCAUCCUCUCCGAGCGCACUCGCCACGCGGAGAGUCUGGCCAAGACCGUGGAAGAGUACAGAACCACAACCCAGGAACUGAGGCUAGAAAUAUCACACUUGGAGGAGCAGCUGAGUGAGACCCAUGAGGGGCCGGAUGAGGUACCUGAAGGGGCUCAGGUGAGAAGAGUGGACUGGACCAGGCUGCUGCCCCUGUCACUGGGUGUGGAGAUUGAAGCCAUUCAGCAGAAACAAGAAGUGGCAGCCACCGAGCUCUCCAGCCCUCUGUGUGGAGUGUGGCAGUGGAAGGAGGUCAUCAGUGAGACCAAUGAGGAAGCUGAGUUUCCACUUGAAGCCCCAACAAGGAGACAGAGAAGCUUCCAGGAGGAGCCAGCGCACCCUCAAAGAAGGAAGGAGCGAUCGAUGUGGUUACCCAGAAGAGAAGAAGAGGAGGAAGUGGAGACCCAGGUCACGGCUGAUCUCCUCCCCAUCCCUCUGGGGGACCGUCACCCUGGAGACAUCCCAGGAAGCCCUCCUGAGAGCAGCCCUGCCGAGCCAGAGCUGCAGCGGGCGCUGGUGCCUGUGGUCACAGAGCUGGUCCCAGUCUCGAGGCCGGUCUGUGGCCAGCUCUGCCUGGCCCCCCUGCACCCCCAGCAGCUCAGGGUCGCUCGGCAUCCGCUGGUCCCGGCGCCCGUGCUGGGCCUGCUGCUGCUGCUGCUGCUCUCCGUCCUGCUGCUCGGCCAGUCCUCGCCCCCCACCUGGCCCCACCUCCAGCUCUACUACCUCCAGCCGCCCCCCAUGUGAGGCCUGCUCCUGGUACCCUCAGAGCAAUGUCUAGUUCAGUGAAUUCCCCAGGGCUCUUUUUACUGUUAUUCCCGUUGUUGUGCCGCUGUCAUUGGGGACUACCCCAGGAGGGGGACCCAGAUACAGUACUCCAGGAUACACAGCCCUGGUUUGGGUUUUUAUGUGAAGUCUCUUGGUGUUUUAAUGUUGGCAACUGCAUUUCUUAACAAGAGCAAAACAUGUCCAGUAAUGGAUUAAGCACUAGGGGUUUAGUUUUCUCGCAAAACAAGUCCAGGAGGACAGCCGUGGGCCACAGCUCAGAGUCGCCACAGCCUCAGGGCCAGGGUGCUGUGAUCCUCUGUGACUCUUGGCCCUUCCCUCGUGUUCAGGAGAUAGCAGGCAUUGUAGCCUCAUAUGUCACCUCUGCAGGGGGAAGGGGACCUCCCCUUCCUUUUUAUAAAGAAAAG